CACUGCAAAAUUUGUCAAGGACAUGUUAUCACUUUCUGAUGGACUAGGAAACCACUGUAAGGGAAAUUUAUAGUGAUGUCCGUGUACAUUUCCACAUAUCUUUCCUCAUGCUGCUGGCUGGGAUGAUAAAAGACACACAGUUUAACAGCCGCAAUUUAGUCACUAGCUAGGUAUAUGUGUGACUAUGGCUAAUUCAGUGAAAGUUAUUGCAAAUGUGCAUGUCCAAUAAUAUUGGGACAUUCUUUCAUUCAUGUACAUCAUACAUGUACAUGUACCCUUGGAACUUUAGAGAUCUUCGAAAGGUAUACAUUCAAAGAUAUUGUCGGUGUCAUGCUUGUUUUGCAGGGUUUGUAGCUCUGUGGGCAGAUUGAUUAUGCUGUGCCGUCACUCAGUCCUCUACAUCUCAGUCAUAUCAGUUACAUUUCCUUUUUACAGCCAUAUGACAGCAGCAAAUGAGACAGAAAAGGUGAUCAACUGAUGCCUGGCAGCAUGGUCAACAGAGUUCACACAGGUGAACUGACAUAGCAUUGUAUGUCCUGACCUGCUUAACUACCCCAAUUGCGUCCAUAUGGACCUACACAUGUGGGUGUAGGCCGAACUCUUGGCAGCUUCAUGAAGCUGGGCCUGCCCCAACUCAGUCCCCUGCCUUGACUGUUUUUCAAUAUGUUCUUGACGUCAUGAUCUCACUUACAUGUAUCCAGUCUCACUUGUUCUGGCGGAUUCGGUGGAUAAUUGAGCAUGUUACAGCUCGUCACAUACUCAUUUAUCUGCUGUGCUUACUUUACCUCAUGCAGGGCUAUUUUUAGUAAUUAACUGAAUCAUCAUCAGAUGCGUUACUUGUCAUGGUAUCGUACAGGCCUUUCAUCAUCUGAGUUCUGGCCAUUGGAGAGGUACCGGUGCAUGUAUAAAAUGAUACAGUCACUCUUUCAUCAGAAGGGAGUCUCUCUGUUUUGCCUGCUAAUGCCAAGUCGACUCAUAAGACUGCACACUCAACUCACACAAUUAUGCCCCGUGUGCUGCAAAAAAAAUGUCGUUUCUACAGGUACCCUGUAAUGCACACAGUGCACACAAACCUUGCAAAAAUCUGCAUCAAAAUGCAAUUUUACAUACAUGUAAGUAAAGUUUUCCUUUUGGACAAAUGGACACACCGGAUACAUGAGAUCGUUACAACCACUUGUGCACAACAACAUUGUACAUGUACUACCGUACUCAGCAUAUCUGCCAACAGACACACAGAAUCCAGAUCCUAAACAAAAUCCAGUUCAUUUGCUCAACUUCCCCCGAAAAUCCCUGGGAAAUUUUGUUCUGCCUAUCCCAUUGCUUGAUCUGUGUUGAUUGGUUCAGGCAAGUGUAGCGCUCCAAGUGAAUCGCACGUACGCGCAUACAAGAGCACUCCUCAGCAAUAGUAUGUUUGCAUGAUAUGCGCUCACAUAGCACAUACGUGUAUGUGUAGCAUGCGUAGCCGUGUUUACCUUAUCAACCCUUGAUCUUUAGUGUUCAUAGGAACGGAUCAUUCUGGACAUUGUCUUUUAACCCUAACCCUCCUCAAUCCUCCACCUGUUGGAGGACUGAGGAGUGUUAGGGUUAAGGUAUCCUGAGUUGGGCUUUACAUGUUGUGUGGAUACGAGGAGAAACAAUGUUAUAAUCAAAAUUCGGACCAGCCUCUACUAGGCAUUGGAUACAGUUGGGGCUGUGGACACGGUGUAACAUGGUAUACAUGGUAUGUAGCUCGAUGAAGCAAUCAUGCAGAUUACCAGUGAACCAAUAUUAAUUGAGUCCAACUCCAACCAUGGUACACCAUCUAACUUUGCGUUCCCAUUUGCAGCUUGUUGUGCUUCAGCUCUCUCUGUGGGCUUAAUCUUUUUGGUAAACACCAUGGUAACACAAAGCUUUUAACCAGAUUAAAAAAAUGCCAAAUUACACUUUUUUUAAAUGAGCUAACAUACAAUUACUUGUACCAACUAUAUGCUGAAUUAUUAAAGUUGACUUUUUGCCAUUGGAGUAGCCAACAUUGGAGUGGAAUGCAUGGAUUCUGCCCAAGAUUUUCACACACAGAUGUACAUGUAUAACAUGUAGGCUGCAAGACCGCUUUCAAAACUACAUGAACAUUUCAUGAUCUGCAUGGCACCUGACUAAAAUCAAAACUAUCGGCAAAUUCACUCCUCGGUACAGGGAAUCAGUUGGAGAAUUCCCACCAUAAAAUUCUGUGACUUCAGCCAUUUUUCCAUAGGAAAAAUCCCCAGUUUACUUUAUCUGGCACAUGUACAUGUACAUGUCGAUUCAAAACGAUGCGGCUGCAACAUUUGAACCAAAGAAAUGGCAGUACCGAAGAGCAAAAAUGGAACAUACAUGUAUUUUGAGAGCACAUUUAUACAAAUUCCAGUAAUGUACCGGUAAGUGUGUUAUGCACGAGGUACGCACUGCCAUCCACUGUUUUGCCCUUUGCUUGCCCAUACUUGUCAUGGGCAAGCAAGGGGCAAAUCAUGGGUAAAUGUGCAAGACUGGUGGCUGAGGCAUUCAUAGGUCUGCGGGUUCAUCAGAUCACCCCUCCCCAGGACUUUGUAGGUUGCAGACCUCACCAUGUACCUUUUUCUUGUACUGCUGUCUAAAGUAUUCUGAGAUUGCUAAAAUGCGAAUCUGAACUCUCCAAUGAAAAGAUGUCUUUAUUAAUUUUUCAUGUACUUUUUUUGAGUCAUCAGUUCAAUUUCAGUAUUAAUGCAGCAUUUUUUUUUCCGGGUUUGCUGACUUUUUUAACAUUGAUGAUUUGAGAAGGUACUGUAGGCUACAAAUUGUGGAAUAAUUUGGCCAGCAAUCUGUUUCAGGAGUGUUGCAGAUUAAUUCAUUUAUUGCAAUUACCAGUACAUGUACAUGUACUUGUUACGGUGUUGCUUGCCAAGCAGUGAAUUUAUCCAACUGAUAAUGCAAAUCCCCUCCAAAACUUUUGAACCUAUGGCCAAAUAAUUUUUAAGAAUUCCUUCCUCAGUCUCCAUCCCCCAAAGAACCUUCUUUUGUGAUGAGGUUUUUAAUAUGUAAAUUAACUGUUUGACAUUGUGAAGAUGCUGGUACAUGUGUAUAGAACGGAGCACAUAAAUUAACAUAAUGCCAGAUAACAGACAGCGUUUGUGGCUGACUGCUGUACAGAAAACGAGUUAGCAUACUGCUGUACGUGUAACUGUACAUUAUGCUUGUGGUAGCAGUGUGGAAAAUCGCUGAACCGUUUACAUUUAGCUGCCUGUGUUUAUACAGCAAUACAUGUAUAUUUUUGUACUCUGUAUUUCUGUCAGCAUAUUUCUAUACAGUGGUUUUGCCUCUGUGACUGUUUUAUUGAUUUGAGCCAACUGCUUAUGAGUGUGGACAUUGUCCAUUUGCGUGCAUAGCAGUGGUGACAGAGCCUCGUUGAUACACUCAUCUAAAGGCCUCACCCAUCAGGCCAACCUGUAUUUUAACUGUACUGCAAAAAGGUGUGGCGGUCAGUUUCAAGGUGUACACUCUACACAUGCUAGUGUGAAGUUUGGUACACACGGUUUUGAUAAUGGCUGCUUCAACAUACUCAUCACUGGUUGAGGAAGAUAUAGGUGUGCCCAAAGAAGACCCCACCAUCAGCACCAAAGACAAGGCCACCUUGAUUGAUGGCACCGAGAAGCCCAGACGGACAGAGAAUGCCCCCCUACGCACCCAGCAGUCCAUCCGGCAUGAGACCAUCUGUGGCUUUGACGGGCUGCGGGUCAUCAUCGUGUCAGCCAUUGUGGUGUCCCUGGCCAUCACUGCUGCCAUGGUGAUAACCAUUCUCGUUGGAGAGCCUCAGGUUCCGCCGCAUGGUGCUAUUGCCACAGACAACAAAGUCUGCUCUGACGUGGGCAUGGACAUCCUGCAGAGGGGCGGGUCUGCUGUGGACGCUGCUAUCGCCGCUGUGCUGUGCAUCGGUGUGGUCAAUGGGCAGAGCUCAGGCCUAGGCGGAGGUGGUUUCAUGCUGAUCCUAGAUGCGAAGGCAGCAGCCUACACUGGUAUCGACUUCCGUGAGACUGCCCCAGCCAAUGCCAAACUGGACAUGUUUGUCGAUAAUCCAGAUGCCUCUCUCCAUAGUGGCUUAGCCGUUGGGAUUCCAGGGGAGCUGCAUGGUUUGAGGCAAGCCUGGGAAAAAUAUGGCAAGUUGACAUGGAAGGAACUUUUUCAGCCAGCGAUUCGCUUUGCUCGCCGUGGUUUUGAGGUCACUGCAAGCCUCGAGAGAGAACUUGGAACAAUUCCUCUGGCUUCAAUGUCGGGAAACCUCAGAGCCCUAUAUGCUCCGACUGGAAUGAGAGUCAAGGAGGGGGACAUGGUUUACCGGGAGAGUUACGCUGAUCUGCUGGAGAGAAUAGCUGAUGAUGGCAUCCAAGAAUUUUACAGCGGUGAUGUGGCUCAGGAAAUUGUUAACACGGUGAAUAAAAAUGGUGGCAACAUGACCCUGGCUGACCUGAAAGGUUACAAGACCGUUGCCAUGGCGCCUAUCCGUUCCAGCUACAGAGAUUACAACCUAGUGACCUUGCCACAGCCCAGCGGAGGUCCCAUGUUCUUGACUAUGAUGAACAUCAUGCAGCUUUUCAAUGUUACACCUGCUGACAGAGACACCAGCCUUUACUACCAUCAUUUCAUUGAGGCCAUGAAAUUUGUCAAAGCUGAAGAAAUAGGCCUUGGGGAGUCUGCAGUAGCCAACUACAGUCAGACAAUGAUAAGCCAACACAAUGCCAACCUUCUCUUUGCUAACAUCACUGAUGACAUGACACAUCCACCAGACUAUUACUUCUCCUAUGCCCAAGGUGUACUGACGACCAAGGGUACCAGUCAAAUCUCGGUUAUUGAUACCAAUAACAACAUGGUCUCUGUGACAACGUCAGUCAACACCGCAUUUGGUUCUCUUCUAAUGACACCCAGCGGGGUGAUCCUGAACAACGUAAUGAACGAUUUUGAUUGGCCGGGAAAGAAUCCAAAAUCCAAUAGCAGCGAGUCUAAUUACAUUGCCCCUGGCCGGCGACCACAGUCCCACAUGGCACCCAUCGUGGGCCGCAACUCCACCACUGCCUGUGCGCGCAGGUUUGCUACAGGGGGUGAGGGCGGUGUCCAUAUCACAGCAGCCCUGGCCUAUGUCGUCAUGGAGCUCCUGGGCUUCCAGUCCUCACUGGCCAAUGCCACAGUGCCACUGAAGCGGGCCUAUCCAUCCUUAAUUCCCGACAAGGUGGUUCUGGAAAAGGAGGUUCCAGACGAAGUUAUAACGGAUUUAAAGGCCAAGGGCCACAACGUGGAGAUAUGGAAGGAAAAAGGCUUCGCCAUGGUACAAAGUGUAAUGAAGGAGAAGGAUAUCAUGUACGCUGUGUCUGACCCUCGAAGGGAAGGUGGGGGUGCCAGCCAGUACUGAUGAAGGUAGCCUAGGCAUUUUUUAAUUUUUUGGAUAAAUUAUUCUUGUAAUGUAUUAGAGAAAAUGUCUGGAGUUUUUGUCAAUUUAAAAUGUUUAGUGUAUUUUUAUAUUCUAUUUUUAGCAUUUUUUUGGGGGGGUGGGGAUUAUUGGAGGAGAAAUAACAUGGAAAGCAUUAGUCUGGGUAAAAAAACCUUGUUUUUCAUCUUGGCUGCUUUCUCUCUGUCUGUCCCUUUUUUAGGAUUUUCCUUUUUUGGGGGUCAACUUUUCAAUGUAUUUGACACUAUUUGUUUCUAACAACAUGUAGCCAUUAAUUCAAGUUGUAAACCUAUAAAAUCUGUGAAAGCUUAUUUAUUCAGACACAAAGUUAUUAGCAAGAGUAUGGAAAAUUCACUUGCCUUCUUGAACGAAUAUGCUUUGGUGCAAAAAAAUAAAAAUUAAAAAGCUCGCUCUUUCAUUUCAA